AUGGCGAGGCCGCGUCGCCGCGUCCCUCGCCGCGCUGACCCUGACCCUGGGGCCCCAAACCGCGUCCGCGAUCGACCUCGUCAUCGCGGACCCGUCGGUGAAGCAGUACAUGGAGACGACGCGAUGCGCAUGAAGUGCGAGGGCGGGAUGAUGGACUGCGACGGCGAUCGACGCGAGUACGCGGUGCAAGGUGGAGGAGGCGUGCACGAGGACAUCAUCGGCGCCGCGAUCGCGGGUCUGAACGGUUUCACCACGAGCGAGAAGCUGGAGAAGAUGGGGAGGGACGCGAACGCGGUGAACAGCACCGCGAACAUGUUCGGAGGAGCUGAGGCAACGCGGAAUGAUGAAUGA